AUGAGUGGAAGGGUAAGUAGACCUAAUUAUACACCAAUCCUUAGUGCAAUCCCUUCUCUUAGUUUAAGCCGCAUAUUACUAAAGCUAAUGGCGGCAGCGUUGACCAUCUAUGUGUGCAUUUUAUCCUCGGAGAGAUACUUCAUGUACUGGGUUCAGACCACAAUCGAGCGCACUGAUGUCCAUGUCUCGGAGAUUGCCUUUCCAGCGAUUACCAUUUGUCCCACACACUUAGCCAUCGCAAACUUCAAUGGGAGCAACCAGAGACACGUUGAGUUGAAUCGCCUGAACAGACUUUUUAACCUGGUGGCUGGCAUUCAAUGGAAUAGUCGAGUAGUCGAUCACAUCACAGAAGAGGACUUUGAGGAGUUUCACGAUUAUUUCAAUCAAUCGCUGUCUGAUAUUGGUAACAUCCUUAACAACAACUACAAAUGCGAGGAUCUAUUUAUGCAGUGCACUUGGCGGCGUCGUGAAGUCGAUUGUUGCAGCUUUUUCCGACGCUUUAGUUUUGGCAUUUCCUGUUACACAUUCAACUCGAAGCAUGCCACAAAUGCUGACCGUACUUGGCCAUGGUCUGUGGCUGGAUCCGGUUUCAAUAGUGGCCUUAACGUUAAGCUCAAUCGUUAUGUGGGCGAGGUUCAACUUGAGAGUGUAGGGGUAAUUGUGCAGGAGCCUAGUCAGUUUCUGGGUACUAGUGUCACAUAUUCUUCGGAUGAUCGCAUUGUGGUACCACUGCAACCGCUCCGAUUCACAGCCGAGGCGGGUGUCAAGGCACGUCCCGUGGAGAUGCGUUAUUGCUAUUUUACGGAUGAACUGAUGCUGAAUGGUCAAUCAAGAUCAGAAUGCAUACACGCUUGCCAUGUCAACUACAUGGCCAAGAUGUGCAAAUGCCAAUACGAGCUUCCCAUGGCGAUAAAUAAGAAUUUGGUGAUGGAACCACCAACACGCACUUGCUCCGUCCAGGAUUUGUCGUGUUUUCGAAAGCACAAAGUAUCAUUAUUUUCCAUGAGCAACAUUAUCGAAGAGUCUUCGGACAAUGUUUUCAAUACAACCGACUGUAAAUGCUAUCCCAACUGCAAUCAUAUACAAUAUCACGCAGCUAUCUAUACGGACUAUUUGAAUGGCGUGAACAACGCUGGCAGCUUCAUGGAGGUUGAUGUCUUCUUUCAGGAAGAGACUCUAUUCUCCUAUCGUUCAACUCUGCACAUAACUCUGCUCGACUUAAUGGUUUCUUAUGGCGGCAUUGCUGGCUUGAUCCUUGGGACAUCUGUGAUCGGAGGCAUCAAUGCCAUACUGGAUCGCAUUGCUUGCUGUGACCAACCCUCGCCCCGACAUGUUUAAUCUGAUGCCACGGCUGUGAUCUCACGUUCCUUUACAUUUACCUGCAAUCAAAGCCUGCACAAUUGUCUAAAAAAACGGGGCGAAACAGCCAUAAAUAAAUCGAAAAUAUAAAAAAAA